ACGGGUGCCUCUGUGCGUGAGAGAGCUGGAAAAAUUAUAUAAAAAAGUGAUCAAAAUAAAUGGAAAAUUCCCAUAUAAAUUUAGCUUAGAAAAUAGCUACAAAGUGUUAAAAAUAGUGUGAAUUCCGUCAGAGAUCCUUUGAAUGAAUCAAACUCAACUAAUCGCUUAAAGUUGAAAUUAAAAGAUAACCGCAAAGGCAGUUACAAAAUCAGUCAAACAACAAUACAAAUUUCCACAAGUGCACUAACACAAACACAGGCCCACAAAGAAAACUGCAGCAUUAAUACAAGUGCAAAAAGGAAAAACAUCAAUGAUUUUUGCCUUUGUGUGAUUUUGCGUGCGUUUGCGUUUGUGUGAGUGCCAACUUUUAUGAGGCUAAAUAUUUAUUGUUCAUUUAAGAAAAGCAAUAACUUCAAACAAAAUCAGCUGGAAACAUUUGGACAUUAGGUGAUUAAACACAUGCGAAAAAUAUAAAAACUUUUUCUGGAAUAUACACAACAAAUUUCGAUCGUCUGAAAAAAAAGGCUAGCAAAUAACCAGAGACCUGAAGUCUUCAAGAUGAAAAAAGCCAAAGGCUGGCUGUUAAUGACAGCAACAGUGCUGCUGCUGAGCCUGUUGGCCUCCACAGAAGCCGCCCUGCCCUUCAAGAAGGUGUCCAUUGCCAAGACUCCCGCCUCCACGAGCAGCACCACCAGCACCACGACGGAAUCGACGGCCGCCGAGGAGGAGGAAGUGGAGGAGGAGCAGCCGGUGCCCAGCGGAGAUGGUGGCGACAGUAGCAAGUCGGACAACGGCACUCUGUCGAAAAACUCAAAGCUCACAGGCAUCCCACAGAUCGAUUACGUCUGGGAUCCCAAUCUGCCCAGGGAACUGAGAGGUUACAACCUGUCGACCUAUCCCUUCCUGUCCACCGUGCCGCCCAUGGAUGAGAUCCACUUCAAGUGUGAGGGACUGCACGAUGGCUUCUAUGCCUCCAUCGAGUACAAAUGUCAGAUCUACCACCACUGCGUCUAUGGCAUAAGACACGACUUUCUGUGCGCCAACUUCACGGCCUUCGACCAGCGCACCUUCAUCUGCCACUUUGCAUCCGAUGUGGACUGCGAGGGAUCCCAGAAAUACUGGAACAGGAAUGAUGAGCUCUAUAUGGCCACCACUACCACUUCGACGAGUACCACCACAACGCCAGCGCCUCCCACCCAAGCUCCUCCACCUCGUCGUCGUCCGCAAAGGCCACAACGUCCGCUGAGACGUCCCUACAACCGCAGACCCAUCGAUGACUACUACUACGAGGAUCAGGAUCAGUACGAGGACGAUUACUAUGAGGAGCGUCCCGUGAGGCGACCCAAGCCAAGACCACGUCAAAGGAAGCCCCAAGUGGAACUGGACUACGAUGAUGAGUACGAUGAGAAGCGAGCGGGGGCCAAGAAACCCAUCCGGCGCAAUAGGAAUCGCUACCGCGACGAGGAGGAGACCCAGGAAGAGGACUACGAUGAGCGGCCGAAUAAGAGGGCAAGGGGAAAGCCCACAGCGGGACCGUCGGGUCGAAAGGUGUCACCCAGGAAACCAGGUCGUGUGGAGGAAAGACGCAGCUUCAACGAAGAUCGUCCGCUAGGCAGGAAAAGGACAACUCCGUCAUCCGCCUUAGACGACCUGGAUGAGUACGAAAAACCCUAUGGAGGAGUGGACCAGGAAGAGGCCGCCGAGGAGCAAACGCCGCAGAAGGUGAAGACAACUCCGAAGCCCCUCACCGAGUUCAUAACACCCAAGGCGGCAGCUGCAUCCGUUUAUUCUCGGCCGCGGGCUCCACCGAGGAUAGCUCGACCUGUGCCCAUCAACGAGAAGAAAAAGUUCUCCUAUCCGGUGCAAAAGAUCACGGCAACCACACCGGCACCAUCGAAUAGUGCCCAGGAGGAGGAAGACUAUCCCGAGGAGCAGGUGGAGGAGGACUAUGAGCAACCUCCGGCCAGGAACACGGCCCGAAGACGGACACCAGUUCCUCGAGUGGAGCAGAAGCCAACGAGAACCACUCUGCGGAAACCAGUGACGGAUAAGAAGCCUGCCGACGAGGAGUACUAUGAGCCAGCAGAGCAGGAACCUUUGAGGAAACGCAAGCGUCCCUUGGCUCCCAGAUCCCGUGCUCCAGCCGCAGAUGUGGACUUCGAGGAUGAGGAUUACGAGGAGAGCCCGGCGCCCGUUUCCACAACGGCUCCUUUGAGAAACCAGAGACUGAGAACGAAAGCGACGACGACCACCAGGAAGCCAACAGUGCCACCACGUCCUCGCCAGCCGAUCGUGGAGCAGGAAGAGGAGCUGGAGCAUGCAGUGGAGCCUGUCGAGGAGGAGGCACCGGCCCCCAGAACGAGAGCCAAUCAAUUGAGCGGACGGAAUGCAGGCGCUGCAAUUUCUCAACGCCCUUCAUCGGUACGUGUGGUCAAGCGACCCUUCCUGCCCUCCAGGGGCGGCAGUCCAUAUCUGCCCCGAGGCCUUCAGCCGGUGGGCGUGGCCUUGAGACCACUGCCCACCACGGAUAGCACGCCCAUCGACAUGGGCUCCACCAUUUCGGGAGUGCGUCUGCUCGAGCAUGGGGCGCCUCUGUUGCGGGGAAGUCCCGAUAGCCUGGAAGAUGACGAGGAGGAGGCUCCUCCAUCGCCCAGUCCGCCCAGGACGACACUUCCGCCGCGCAGUGCUCUGCCCACCACGCCAAAGCGAGUGGAGCAGCAGCGCCCCAAACUGAAUCUCGACGAGCUCUACGAGAACGAUUACGAUGUCACGCUCAACGAUGCACUCGAUCCCACGCUGAAACCGCUCUCGCCCCAGCAUCCGCAUUCACAUUCGCAUCAGCUUCCAUAUCAGCAGCCGCAGCAGCAACAGCAGCAGCAUUCCCAGCGGCAAUAUGCCAGCGCCUAUAAUCCAUUUGCCUAUCAGCCAGCGUAUCAAUCACCAACAUCCGCUUCAGCAUCAGCAUCCGCAUCAGCAUCAGCAUCCGCAUCGCAGUCGCAACCAGCGAGCUAUCAUAGUGAUUCCUAUUUCUCGUCGACAGAUAUACGCCGGCGGGCUGUUGUCCCGGCGCAAGCCGCGCGUCCACAUCGACUCGAAUACGCUGCUGCCGGAGGAGCAGCCGGCGGAUCGUCCGGCGGAGGAGCCGUCUCCGGGUCGGGAGUGAGUCGGAGCUACCAGCCGGUGGGCGGACGGAUUGCCCAGCAUUUCUACGACGACUUUGCCUACUGAAAAGUUUGCUUGUAAUAAGUUUCUUCAGCUGUAAAUAAGUUUCCCCAACACAAGGAGAGUUCCAAUUUGGUGCACGGCUCCAACUUCUUAAACAAAUCUGUCUCUACCUUAGUUGUUUAGCCGCAAAAACCUACUCGUAAUUCAAAAAGGUUUGGGACAUAUUAAGCACUAAAUGCUGAAAAACAACAUAAGCGAUAAAAACUCUGCCAAUUUUUGUAAAACAUUAAUUUUAGUUAAAUUUCUGAAUGUUGCAGUAAUAUUUGAUUUCUAAUUUUAGAGAAUUUUUUAACAUGAUCUUGCAAAAAGACUUUACAAAUUAACCCUUAAUCGCUUAUGCAACUUUUCCUUUGAGAGCUCUAUAUGUCCUGAACACCCUACUUAUAUAUACGUUGUAUAAUACUCAAAUGUCGUGAUAGUAGCAGCUUGCGAAUUUGUCUGCUAGCUCGUAUCUAGUAGUUUAUAAAACCUCCCUCCCACUCGUUUAUCUCCGCUUAAUCAAAAAUCAAAACAUAAUACAUCCAGCAGAACAGAACGAAUCGGAACAGCAUCAUCGAUGUCCUUAAUUUACAUUUAGAGAGAGCGAAUACUUGAUGUGUUAAUUUAAAAAAUCAAUUUGCAUACAAAUUGUCUGUAAUAUUUAAGCUUUGUAGGAGAUCGUGUUCGAUGUGGAGAGCCCAGAUCCAAGACUUAAGUCGGAGUGCAUAACAAUCAAAACAAAAACUGAAAUAAAUUUAAAACUAA